CAUGACGUCACGUGCGUGUUGAAGAAAUUCAAGGUUUAAGGAACGGAAGAGGGUUUCGGCGAAGGAAAGGAGAAGUUGAGAUAAUAAUUACAAAACACAGAAGAAACAAAAAAAAAGGAAAAGAGACUUCCUAUAAACUACUUUCCUUCCAACCACCACAUUCCCCUCGCUGGCUUAACUACUCGUGACACAGACGUAAGAGUUUAAUAAAGAUGGCAGUGAAUGUAUAUUCAACCUCCGUGACAAGUGAUAAUUUAAGUCGACAUGAUAUGCUGGCCUGGAUCAAUGAAUCCUUACAAAUAAACCUUACAAAGAUUGAAUUGCUUUGCUCAGGUGCUGUAUAUUGCCAGUUCAUGGACAUGCUUUUUCCAGGCUGUGUGCCACUGAAAAAAGUUAAAUUUCAAGCAAAGUUAGAACAUGAAUUUAUUCACAAUUUCAAAAUUUUGCAAGCAGGCUUCAAGAAAAUGGGUGUUGAUAAAAUUAUUCCAGUGGACAAGUUAGUUAAAGGCAAAUUUCAGGAUAAUUUUGAAUUUGUUCAGUGGUUUAAGAAAUUUUUUGAUGCUAACUAUGAUGGAAAGGAGUAUGAUCCAGUUGCUGCUAGACAGGGUCAAGAAACCGCUCCUGCAUCAAACCUUGCCGCUCCUGUGCUGAACAAGCCCAAGAAAAUACCAAGUACGGGUAGUGCUGCUCCUCAAAGAGCCACAGCAGUAACAAAGACAGCACCGGCCCCCCCCAGACCUGUUACAGGACCAGCUAGGAGAGCACCAGGUACAACAGGAAAUGGAGAUGAAGAAAAGGCAGAGCUUAUUCAGGAGAUAAACCUACUAAAAAUUACUAUUGAAGACAUGGAGAAAGAGCGUGAUUUCUACUUUGGCAAACUGAGAAAUAUCGAACUUAUCUGUCAGGAGAAGGAAGGUGACAAUGAUCCAACAUUGCAGAGAAUUGUUGAGAUUUUGUAUGCCACUGAUGAAGGUUUUGUGAUUCCCGAUGGAGACUCUCCGCAGGAGCAAGAGGAAUACUAAGUUUCUUUCCCAAUGUGUUAACUGCCUGUACUCCCCACCAAAUCAUGUUAUGCGUUUGGUUCUGUACAAACUUUAUAUGAAAAUGUUGUGUAAGUGGGAAAAAUCCAGUUGAGUACCUCUUUUUGUAAUGCUUGCACUUUGCAAAAUAUUUGGACCUUGAUGUGAAUAAAUAUGAAUUUGUCCACAGAGAACUAUAUUGUUUAAAAGUAUUACACAAACCAGUCAAGUGGGUUUUUUUUCCCCCCCACUUUGUUUUCAGGGGAGAUCAGGAAAUAUUGACUUUUCGGAUCUCUUUUUUUUUUUUCAUAAGUUCACUUUUCACCUAAGUUUUAAAAGCACACUUUUAAUAUUCAUGAAAAUAAACUACAGGUCUGAUAUUUAAUGUUUUCUUAUUUUUGUUAUGCAAACUUAAAGCUACUAUUUUUUAGUUUCUAGUAUCUGGAAGAGCAAAGCUUUACAGAGAUUGUAUUCCCGGAGGAUAAAUUCAUGAUGACAGAAUUUUGGGCCAGUGAGGGUAGCAGUAGUGACUAAUUGUGAACAUUGCUAUGGGUUUAACUGUGAUUUAAGCAAUGUCUGCUUAAUUUAACUUGCAAAAGGAAUAGUACUGAAAUUUAUUUGGCCCAUAAGUGGGUUGUGCCAUGUAUGGGUGUUAUUUCCCUGCACAGCAUCAUUAGACUUUUGAUCUGUUUCUCUUUUACAUUUUGUUUCUAGGCAAAACACAUAUAGUGCUUUAUAUUUUGAAGCUUUUGGAGAAUUAGCGUGGUUUCUUUUCCCCCAACCCCUUUGUACAGUAGCUGUGCAGGGGAAGUUGGAGUCUUUGCAUUAUCAAUUGAUUGAUAUUUAUGUAUAAAUGUGAAAUUCUGAUGUGUUUGCCUUUUAUUGGAAAUUGCACCUUCCCAAAUACAGUGCUGUUAGCACUUCUAAUUCCAGUAUGUGUUUGAAACAAAUUUACAGUUGACUUUAGUUGAAAUGUGUGCACAGAAGGGGGAUCAUUGUGGGGGGUGUGUUUUUAAUAAUCAUACACAAGCAAUGAGUGGUUAGGAUUUAAUGGCUGUAACAAAAGUGUGAUUGAAAGUUUCAUCUAAAUACUUCUGAAUAGUUUAUCUGGGUAUCACCUCUCCAGCCUUGUUUUACUUUGCUCAGUUAAAGGUUGGCUUUUGUUACUGUUUUAUAUUUUUUGGAAAGUUUCAUGUUUAAGUGAAAAAAUCUGUAAAUAAACUAAUUGCCAAAAA